AUGUUUCUCCGAAAGCUAUCUCCGCUACAUUUGCUUGACAGCUUUGAUCUGAAGAGACGAUCGAAACGGAGCAGUGAGACGAAGUUUCGGCUAAAAACUUUUUUCUCUUCUUUCAACCCAACGUGGGCGCAGUGUCUGCUGGAAGAAACUGGGGAACUGACAAGAGACAACAAAAAAUUGUUGCUGUUCUUUCAACACAACGUGGGCGCAGUGUCUACUGUGAGACACCGGGGAACUGGCAAGAGACAACAAAAAAUUGUUGCUGUUCUUUCAACACAACGUGGGCGCAGUGUCUACUGUGAGACAAGAGACAACAAAAAAUUGUUGGAACAGUGUCUAAGAGACAACAAAAAAUUGUUGCUGUUCUUUCAACACAACGUGGGCGCAGUGUCUACUGUGAGACACCGUGGGGAACUGGCAGAGACAACAAAAAUUGUUGCUGUUCUUUCAACACAACGUGGGCGCAGUGUCUACUGUGAGACACCUGGGAACUGGCAAGAGACAACAAAAAUUGUUGCUGUUCUUUCAACACAACGUGGGCGCAGUGUCUACUGUGAGACACCUGGGAACUGGCAAGAGACAACAAAAAUUGUUGCUGUUCUUUCAACACAACGUGGGCGCAGUGUCUACUGUGAGACACCUGGGAACUGGCAAGAGACAACAAAAAUUGUUGCUGUUCUUUCAACACAACGUGGGCGCAGUGUCUACUGUGAGACACCGGGGAACUGGCAAGAGACAACAAAAAUUGUUGCUGUUCUUUCAACACAACGUGGGCGCAGUGUCUACUGUGAGAGACACAACUGGGAACUGGCAAGAGACAACAAAAAUUGUUGCUGUUCUUUCAACACAACGUGGGCGCAGUGUCUACUACACCGGGGCACUGGCAAGAGACAACAAAAAAUUGUUGCUGUUCUUUCAACACAACGUGGGCGCAGUGUCUACUGUGAGACACCGGGGAACUGGCAAGAGACAACAAAAAAUUGUUGCUGUUCUUUCAACACAACGUGGGCGCAGUGUCUACUACACCUGGGAACUGGCAAGAGACAACAAAAAUUGUUGCUGUUCUUUCAACACAACGUGGGCGCAGUGUCUACUGUGAGACACCUGGGAACUGGCAAGAGACAACAAAAAAUUGUUGCUGUUCUUUCAACACAACGUGGGCGCAGUGUCUACUGUGAGACACCGGGGAACUGGCAAGAGACAACAAAAAAUUGUUGCUGUUCUUUCAACACAACGUGGGCGCAGUGUCUACUGUUCUUUCAACACAACGUGGGCGAGACACUGGGGAACUGGCAAGAGACAACAAAAAUUGUUGCUGUUCUUUCAACACAACGUGGGCGCAGUGUCUACUGUGAGACACCUGGGGAACUGAGACAAUUGGAGACAACAAAAAUUGUUGCUGUUCUUUCAACACAACGUGGGCGCAGUGUCUACUGUGAGACACCUGGGAACUGGCAAGAGACAACAAAAAAUUGUUGCUGUUCUUUUCAACACAACGUGGGCGCAGUGUCUACUGUGAGACACCUGGGAACUGGCAAGAGACAACAAAAAUUGUUGCUGUUCUUUCAACACAACGUGGGCGCAGUGUCUACUGUGAGACACCUGGGAACUGGCAAGAGACAACAAAAAAUUGUUGUUGUUCUUUGUCAACUUGUCUACUGUGAGACACCGGGGCACUGGCAAGAGACAACAAAAAAAUUGUUGCUGUUCUUUCAACACAACGUGGGCGCAGUGUCUACUGUGUGGCAAGAGACACCUUUCAACACAACGUGGGGAACUGGACAAGAGACAACAAAAAUUGUUGCUGUUCUUUCAACACAACGUGGGCGCAGUGUCUACUGUGAGACACCGGGGAACUGGCAAGAGACAACAAAAAAUUGUUGCUGUUCUUUCAACACAACGUGGGCGCAGUGUCUGGCAAGAGACAACAAAAAACUGUUCUUUGAGACACCUGGGAACUGGCAAGAGACAACAAAAAUUGUUGCUGUUCUUUUCAACACAACGUGGGCGCAGUGUCUACUACACCGGGGCACUGGCAAGAGACAACAAAAAAUUGUUGCUGUUCUUUCAACACAACGUGGGCGCAGUGUCUACUGUGACAACAAAAAGACACCUGGAGAACUGGCAAGAGACAACAAAAAAUUGUUGCUGUUCUUUCAACACAACGUGGGCGCAGUGUCUACUGUGAGACACCGGGGAACUGGCAAGAGACAACAAAAAAUUGUUGCUGUUCUUUCAACACAACGUGGGCGCAGUGUCUACUGUGAGACACCUGGGAACUGGCAAGAGACAACAAAAAAUUGUUGCUGUUCUUUCAACACAACGACAACAAAAAUUGGGCGCAGUGAGACACGGGGUCUACUGGGUGAGACACCGGGGCACUGGCAAGAGACAACAAAAAAUUGUUGCUGUUCUUUCAACACAACGUGA